AUGUUCUCGCUGGAGGGCAAAACCGCCCUCAUCACUGGAGGCUCGAGAGGUCUCGGCCUGCACAUGGCCACUGCCUUUCUGCUCAGUGGCGCCUCCAUAGUGGUCAUCACAGCUCGGAAACGAGAGGGUGAACAGGGUAUUGACCAAGCCGUUAGAAAGCUCAAUGCUAUUCCAGGCAUCCGAGGCAAGGCUGUCGGCAUCGCUGCUAAUGUGGCCGACUCCAAAGACAUUGUGCGCUUGGUCGGUGAGGUCAAGGAUCUAGUCGGUUCAAAGGGCUUGAACAUACUCGUCUGUAAUGCUGGAGCGGCUUGGGGCUCUAGGUUCGAAGACGCGCCUCCAAGCAGCUCGGUGAAGAUCUUGGAUCUGAACGUCCGCGGUGUCUUUGAGCUUACCCAAAAAUCUUUGCCCCUGUUGGAGAAGGCAGGUUCAAAGGAGGAUCCUGCAAGAGUUUUGAUCAUCAGCUCCACCGCAGGAAGCAAUGUGCCACACGUCGGUGAAAACGGAACGAUCAUGUACUCUACAUCCAAGGCUGCUGCGCAUCACCUGGGUAGGAAUCUGGCCGUCGAGCUUGGCCCGAGGAAUAUUACAUCCAAUAUCAUCGCACCAGGUUUCUUCCCUUCCAAGUUGGCCCAGGGAUUGAUCAAUAACCUGGGUGGAAUCGAGGAAAUCAGCAAGGACAACCCGAUGGGUAGACUAGGUGACGCCGAAGACAUUGCCGGGGUGGCCGUUUUCUUAUGCUCGCCGGCUGGCAGAUAUGUGAAUGGUGAGGAUAUUGCUGUGGAUGGAGGCGCUAGGUUGUCAGCGGGUAGAAUGUCGAGAUUGUAA